AUAGGAUUACUAAAAAGAUGAAGAUAAUAAAAAAAAACAGUCCAUUCUCCUCCCCACAAAACCAUUGUACAACAAUCAUCUUAAUACCAUCUUCCUAAGCUCACGAGAGAGAUUCUGGUGUGACAACUUGGCAAUGUCGAGUAAGCUUAUCCAGCCACCAACAUCAAUAACAGCCUCAAGACGAGCAAUCUCAACAAGAACACCAAACUCAAAGGUGCUAGUUUCUUUCACCAAUCACAAUGGCAAAACGCUGAGUUUUAGUGACAACCCAAAUCGUCACAGACCCAUGUUCAUCGGAAAAGUCACAGAACAGAGCAGCUCUUGUUCCUCCACUAAUGAACAAGAAGAAGAAGAAAUAAGAACAGUUUCUCAGAUAAAAGAAGAGCUAUACGAAGCACUUAAAGGGAUAAACAGAGGUAUAUUCGGAGUUAAAUCGGAUAAAAAAGCAGAGGUCGAAGGGUUGGUGAAGCUUCUUGAAUGUAGGAAUCCGACGCCGGAGCCGACAGGAGAGUUAGACAAGAUCGGAGGUUGUUGGAGACUCAUUUACAGUACAAUCACUGUGUUGGGUUCUAAAAGAACCAAAUUGGGUCUUCGUGAUUUCGUCUCUCUCGGUGAUCUUCUUCAACAGAUCGACAUUGCUCAGGGCAAAACGGUCCAUGUGUUGAAAUUUGAUGUCCGGGGAUUGAAUCUACUCGACGGCGAGUUUAGAAUCGUCGCUUCUUUCAAGAUCUCAUCCAAAACGAGUGUUGAGAUAACUUAUGAAAGCUCAACGAUCAAGCCGGACCAGUUGAUGAACAUUUUUAGGAAGAACAUGGAUCUUCUUUUGGGAAUCUUCAACCCUGAGGGACUGUUCGAAAUUUCAUAUUUAGAUGGAGAUUUACAAGUAGGGAGAGAUGGGAAAGGAAAUGUAUUUGUUUUGGAGAGAACAGAGUAAACUUUUGAAUAUGUUUUUCAACCUCUCGUUUCCAUAAGAAGAAGUUGCUUGUUCCUCAAGAAAAUUUUCAACCUUUUCUUUGAUUUGGUUAAAUCUUUUGUUCUCGAUACCCAUCAGUAUUUCUUUGCUUUGGCUUUUUUUUUUUUUUUUCUUGGUGGGAUUUUGUUUUUAACACACAAAUCUAGAUUAGUUCUUUUCUUUUUUUUGUUUUGUCUUGGGCAUAUUUGUAACAGUUUAUUCAUUAUUGGCAUCAUUGAUUGUUCAGUAA